AUGAAUUCAAGUCCAUUGAGAAGUUCAAAAUUUUCAAUACCAACAAUUUACCCUUGCCGAGUUCAAAGAGGAAGAGAACCUGCUGGAAAAAGGAAGAAAGCAGUUGAAGAGGAUGUUUCAUAUGAUAGCCUGGAUGAUUCAAUGUCUGUGCUCAUUGUUCGUGUUAGAAUAGAGUAUGUUUUAUUCUUAAUUUGGAGACAGAUGAAGGGUAACCCUAUGUCAGAUAUCAGUGAAAGUAGUAAUAACAAGUACGGAGUUUCUCGGACUGUUUGGACUGAAGGAGACGUGAAGCUAUUUGUUGACUUACUGUUGGAGUAUAAAAGGAAGGGCGAAAUGAAGGAGAAUAACUUUGGCAAGUCUUGGGUCCAAAUUACCAAAGAUUUUAAUGCCAAAUUAGAGUAUAGGCAAACCCUUGAGCAACUGAGUCAGAAAUUUCAUCGCUUUAGAAUUGACUGGAAUGCUUUUAAGGAUUUGCAAGAGAAACACACUGGUCUUGGGUGGGAUCACCAAAAAGGAACUGUUACAGCUUCUGAAGAACGUUGGAAAGAGUUAAUCAAGACAAACAAGAAUCACAAGAAAUUCCAGCAGAAAGAUUUGAAUUUAACUGGCACAGACGGGCGAACAUUUGUGAUUUCAGAAAGAUUUUAG